UCCUGGGUGGGGUUUGUGAAGUCGUGGCCCGUUAGCAGGAAGCGGAGCAGUCGCCCCGACGCUGGCGAGAGACCCAGUCCGAACCCCCAGUCCCCGGAGUCCGAGCCCUGUGUACUGCGUUCUCAGCGCUGUCCGACAGCUCCCAGCCAAACUUCACCAACUCCGCCGCCUUUUCCGCCACCAUGCCCAAGACGAUCAAUGUGCGUGUGACCACCAUGGACGCAGAGCUGGAAUUUGCCAUUCAGCCCAACACCACUGGCAAGCAGCUGUUUGACCAGGUGGUGAAAACUAUCGGCCUGAGGGAAGUUUGGUUUUUUGGUCUGCAGUACCAGGACACUAAGGGUUUCUCUACUUGGCUAAAACUCAAUAAGAAGGUGACUGCCCAGGAUGUGCGGAAGGAAAGCCCCCUGCUUUUCAAGUUCCGGGCUAAGUUCUACCCUGAGGAUGUAUCCGAGGAAUUGAUCCAGGACAUCACACAGCGACUAUUCUUCCUGCAAGUGAAGGAGGGCAUUCUCAAUGAUGAUAUUUACUGCCCACCUGAGACUGCUGUGUUGCUGGCCUCCUAUGCUGUCCAGUCCAAGUAUGGUGACUUCAAUAAGGAAGUCCACAAGUCUGGCUACUUGGCUGGGGACAAGUUGCUGCCACAGAGGGUCCUGGAACAGCACAAACUUAACAAGGACCAGUGGGAGGAACGUAUCCAGGUGUGGCAUGAGGAGCACCGGGGCAUGCUCAGGGAGGAUGCUGUCCUGGAGUAUCUGAAGAUUGCCCAGGAUCUGGAGAUGUAUGGUGUGAACUACUUCAGCAUCAAGAACAAGAAAGGCUCAGAGCUGUGGCUGGGAGUAGAUGCCCUGGGUCUCAACAUCUAUGAGCAGAAUGACAGACUGACUCCUAAGAUAGGCUUCCCCUGGAGUGAAAUCAGGAACAUCUCUUUUAAUGACAAGAAAUUUGUCAUCAAGCCCAUUGACAAAAAAGCCCCGGACUUCGUCUUCUAUGCUCCUCGGCUGCGGAUUAACAAGCGGAUCUUGGCUCUGUGUAUGGGGAACCAUGAGCUAUACAUGCGCCGCCGCAAGCCCGACACAAUCGAGGUGCAGCAGAUGAAGGCACAGGCCCGGGAGGAGAAGCACCAGAAACAGAUGGAGCGUGCUCUGCUGGAAAAUGAGAAGAAGAAACGUGAGAUGGCAGAAAAGGAGAAGGAGAUGAUUGAACGGGAAAUGGAGGAACUGAUGGAGAGGCUGAAGCAGAUCGAGGAACAGACUAAGAAGGCUCAACAAGAACUGGAAGAACAGACCCGCAGGGCUCUGGAACUUGAACAGGAGCGGAAGCGUGCCCAGAGCGAGGCUGAGAAACUGGCCAAAGAGCGUCAAGAAGCUGAAGAGGCCAAGGAGGCCCUGUUGCAGGCCUCCCGGGACCAGAAGAAGACCCAGGAACAACUGGCCUUGGAAAUGGCAGAGCUGACAUCUCGGAUCUCCCAGCUGGAGAUGGCCCGACAGAAAAAGGAGAGUGAGGCUGUGGAAUGGCAGCAGAAGGCUCAGAUGGUACAAGAAGACUUGGAGAAGACCCGUGCAGAGCUGAAGACUGCCAUGAGCACGCCUCAUGUGGCAGAGCCUGCCGAGAAUGAGCAGGAUGAGCAGGAUGAGAACGGUGCAGAGGCCAGCGCUGAACUGCGGGCUGAUGCCAUGGCCAAGGAUCGCAGCGAGGAGGAACGUACCACUGAGGCAGAGAAGAAUGAGCGUGUGCAGAAGCACCUGAAGGCCCUCACUUCAGAGCUGGCCAAUGCCCGUGAUGAGUCCAAGAAGACUGCUAAUGACAUGAUCCAUGCUGAGAACAUGCGACUGGGUCGAGACAAGUACAAGACCCUGCGCCAAAUCCGGCAGGGCAAUACUAAGCAGCGCAUUGAUGAGUUUGAGUCCAUGUAAUGGGCACCCAGCCUCUAGGGACCCCUCCUCCCUUCUUCCUUGCCCUCACACUCCUACACUCUUGCCUAACUCACACUGUGCUGGAGCCACUAACUAGAGCAGCCCCGGAGUCAUGCCAAGCAUUCAGUACAGCCAUGGGACCAAACCUAGCCCCUCAGCCCUCACUCACUUCCCUAGGCAGAGAGAUGGCCCACUAUGGUGAUGAUGGGACCCUCUUUUUCUUCCAUCCCAGGUGAUCUAGCUUUCUAGAAGAGAUCACUUUCUCAGCUCAGAGGCACUUCCCACUUGAUUUGGGAAAUACCCCCACAUUUACUGUUGCUUUGCAGGAGUCAAGUGUAGUAGGUUGAAAACUAGCCCCCACCACUGCCUUCCUCUUCAUGGUCCUGUGAUUUGCAGAAUUGGAACAUCAUAGGGUUUAGAGAAGGAGGCGGAGCCCUGGCUAUAUGCUCUAGGAUGUCAACUGCCCUAGGAUUAGGCCUCCCAGUGUCCAUCCCUUCUAGAGUUAUUUAGGCUUUGUAAUGAUUGGAGGCUAAAAAGAUGUUCACUCAUUCUUCUCUCUACCUCCCAGAUUGGACCUGUUACAAACUUGGUCCCAGUAAACCUUGUCCCUGAGUUCAGGGACUUAGUUUCUCUUCAGGGUGAUAUGGGGGAGACAGUGCCUGCAAGAGGCUUCACCAACAUCCUGGAAGGCCGUUGGCCAUUCUGUUCAGACAAGAUUGGGUAGAGGAUCUGCCCCUAUGCCUUAUGGGAGCCUAGACUUGUUUCAAGUGAGCUCUAUGGGCAGAGAUAUCCCUUAUUAUUCUGUGUUCCUCUUCCCCUCUUGGGAUCUGCCCCUCCCCACUCCAAUCCCCAAACCCCCUCCAAGUAGAACAGUAGGGAUGGUUACCCCCAAACCCAGCCAGCCCCAUCCAGGACUUUUGCUAAAGGGAGGAAAUAUU